AUGGCUUGGGAAGAGGUCGCUCAGAGAAAACGCACCCAGAGGGAGCAAUGUAUCCACGCAUUCCGACGACUUAUCAAUGGGGCACACAAAAGGAGGACAACGAUUGCUGGAAAGCUUGUAGGCCAUGUCGAAGUCCCGGCAUUGACAAAGAUGUAUGCGACUGGCGAGGUCUCUGUCGAGGAUGUCGUUGUGGCCGUCAUUCUACAGGCGAUUGAAGCACAUGAAAAAACCAAUUGUUUGACCGAGCCUCUUUUCGAGAGCGCCGUGGAACGCGCGCGAGAACUCGAUCAGUAUUACAGAAAGACCGGGAAGCUUGUGGGACCGCUCCAUGGUAUACCCAUGUCUCUGAAGGACCAAUUCGACAUUGCAGGUGUGGACACGACAUUUGGUUACGUCGGUCGAGCAUUUCGGCCUGCCUCCGAGGACGCGCCGAUGACGAAAGUCCUCAAGGACUUGGGCGCGGUGAUCAUCACCAAGACCAAUGUACCGCAGACCAUAUUGUGGGGUGAGACUGAAAAUCCAAUGUGGGGUCUGACGACGCUGCCAGACAGGCCAGAUUUCACCGCCGGGGGGUCGUCUGGAGGUGAAGCCGCUCUCUUGAGUCUGGACGGAUCACUUUGUGGAUGGGGUACCGACAUUGGCGGAUCGGUUCGAGGCCCCAGUCACUUCAACGGGCUCUUUGGCUUGAAGCCGACGAGCAGUCGGUUUUCACACCGCGGGGUUCCAGGACCUCAUGAAGGGCAAGAACAUGUGCCCUCCUCGGUGGGACCCAUGGCCAAGCGACUUUCAUCGCUGGUGGCCGUCACGAGGGCAGUUUUGAAUUCGCAAGCGUGGCUUCAAGAUCCAAAGGUUGUCCCGAUGCCGUGGCGUGAAGCCAUCUACCAGGAAGUUCUGAAUCGGCGUCUGAGAAUCGGACUGAUCGUCGACGAUGGAAUCGUCGAGCCCCAUCCGCCCGUACAACGCGCCGUGCGAGAAGCGGCCGCUCUCCUCCGAAAGGCCGGGCACGAGAUCGUCCCGUGGGAUACGUCCGAGCACAUGUCUUUCAUAGAGAUCCAGGAUCAAUUCUACAGGGCCGACGGGGGGGAAGACAUUCGCCGCGAAAUCGCCGGCGCGGGCGAACCCAUGCUGCCGCACGUCGAAGCCCUGGUCGCCAGCAGCAAGCCCAUCUCCGUGUACGACUACUGGCAGCUGAACAGGGCCAAAGUACGAGCCCAGCAGACGUACAACACAAAGUGGGACGACGCGGGCGUCGAUGUCUUGUUGAGCCCGGUGGCGGGACACGCUGCGUUGCCACAUGGAUGUUUUCGAUACACGGGGUACACCAAGGUUUGGAACUUCCUGGACUACACGGCAUUGUCAUUUCCAUGGACCAUUGUCUCGAAACAUCUCGACUCGCACGACGUCAACGCGACAUCGACGACAGACCGAGACCGUUCGGCCGGGCUUUCUAAUCCGUUCAACGCCUACAACCGCCGACUGUACGAUCUCGCGUCCAUGGACGGUCUCCCGGUCGGGGUGCAGAUCAUCGGAAGGAGGUUCGACGAAGAGAAAGUACUCGCGGUGGCCGAAAUCCUCCAAAGUGAAGCCGACAAGUCAACCCAGAAAGCUACGGGAUGAUGAUCAGAGAAUGGUUGAAAAUCCGGCGACAUUCUUUGACUGAUUUGGCCACUCGGGUCAGGGGUGCACCCAACUGCGACCAGGAGUGGUUCCCUCACUCGUGAUCGGUAGUCCUCCACGCCACGACCGCUGGUUAGAUACGCAAGUACCUAGGUACCUUUGGGUGGGUACGGUGUGGCAUCCGGGACGGCUCCCUUUCGAGCACCCCGUACGGAGUGCGGCGUACCUCUCUCUGCGUUACGCGACCGAGCUAUUCAAUCCUACCUCACCCCGAGGUGAACGAGUACCUUGGGUGGGUAGGUGAGUGACUCUGUCCAUCCCUGUCCACCCGUACCGGAGUACGAUCAACGCCCCGGGUAUUCUUUUUCUGUGAUGCCCGUGGUGCCUGUGUACGCGAGCUUAGGGUUAUGCCUCCUGUGAUGCCGAGCAGAAAACGACCUCACCACCGUAGUGGGAGGAUUUUACAUUUAUCUAGAUGAUAGAAUUCUUCUCUACAGUAGUUUGCAUAUCUUUUUUUUUCAAAUCACGGUACCUCGCUUGUCGCACCUCAACACGGUCUCCAGGGCCAAAAUUGGUCGUCGCGACAAACAUUGACAAAGGUUCACUCACGUUGGAACCGUCCGACAGAAUUUAGUUGGUCGUCAUUGAGACGUCCUCAAAGGUGGCCGAUCUGGACGUCCCCUCCUCGCCUUCCUCGUCCACGAACAAUUCGCGGCCUCUGGUGUUGGCUGUCAUCGUCGUCACCAUCGUCGAGUCCUCUCGUUGUUCUUGUUGUUGCGU